ACCCCCCACUCCUGUUCCUUCAUCGGUAACAGUAACACCCAGUCGUAUUACUUUGCAGGCGCCUCUCUCUCUCUCUCUCUCUCUCUACAUAUAUGUAUAUCUGUGUGUAUGUAUAUAUAUAAUAUGAUCAUGACAGAUAUAUAGAGCAUUUCCUUCCUGUAUCCAGUUUCUUUCAAACCAACGAACUACAAGUCAUGUUGGAGGGUAAUUCGGAGGUUCCAGGUUGGCUAACGGCGCUGUUGACGGAGAAGUUUUUCAACGCGUGCAUAAUUCACGAGGAGGUUAAACGGAACGAGAAAAACGUGUUUUGCUUGGAUUGCUGUGACGGAAUAUGCCCUCACUGCCUCCUCCGUCACCGUUCUCACCGUCUACUACAGAUAAGACGAUAUGUGUACCAUAAUGUAAUCAAGCUUGUUGAUGCUGAAAGACUUAUGGACUGUGCUCAAGUCCAAACAUAUACUAGUAACUUUGCAAAAGUGGUGUUUUUGAACAAGAGGCAUCACACAAGAUUAGGCAAAGCAGCUUCAGGCAAAUAUUGCAUCAACUGUGACAGAAACGUGCAAGAUUCGAAUCUCUUCUGCUGUAUCUCUUGCAAGCUUCAAACUAUAAUUAGAACUGGGAAGAAGGUCUCGAACUAUCUACGCAAGUGCGAUUUUCUUGCACUGUCUGAACCGGGUUUGGAAGACGGACAAAUGACACCUGACUCGGUGUUGGAACCAGCCGGUUCGAUGAGGACGGAGUCCGGCUCCAGCGGCGGCGGCGGCGCAGCCGGAUACAGCGAGUGCCGUGCACUCGCCACCACCGCGACGACGGAGGCUGUGAGAAAGAAAAGGAGCAGUUCGAAAACCGGACACCGGUCCGCGUGCAGACCGGUUUCGGGUAUUUAUAACUCGGAGACCACGCUGAACCGGAGAAAGGGUACCCCUCAAAGAUCUCCGCUUCUCUGACUUUGUUAUGUACGGAUCGGGCAGGGUUGUUGAGGGCAUUAUUGGUAAUUUUUGAACUUCUUUUAGUAGGGGUAAUUUAGGGUGAAAAUUAUUGUAGGUGUACUUCCUUUCGCAAAAAUAGGUGCUUUUUUUGAAUUGAUAGAGUUAUUAAUGGUUAACUUUUAUGUU